AUGGCUUCUUUGUUUACUGUCCCGAUCAGCUCCACUGGCGGCUCAAUCGUCUGCACAAACCCCAGCGCAGACAAGGAGCAUGCAAACAUCUACGUUCUUACGUUUACCUCGCCCAAGGACAACCGCUUGACACCUGUUUUCAUCGAUGCUUUGCUUCUCGCUCUUGAUAUUAUUGAGCAUCGCUAUCCUAAGGGCGUUGUGGUCACCACUAGCGGGAUUGCCAAGUUCUACAGUAACGGACUUGAUCUCGAUAUUGUCGGUAAAACCGAAGGGUUCCUGGAGAACUGGUUGUGGCGACUGUUCCGACGAUUUCUGACAUACCCCAUGCCAACCGUAUGUCUCUUGAACGGCCACGCUUUCGCUGGAGGCUUCAUGCUGGCUAUGUACCACGACUACAGGGUCAUGAACCCGGACCGUGGAUUCCUAUGUGUCAACGAAUUGGAAUUCGGUGUCCCGCUUCAGACACCCAUGAUGGCUAUCUUCCGUGAGAAGCUGACCCCAGUCACAUUCCGGAAUGUGGUUCUGGAGGCCCGCCGCUGGGGUGGGCGCGAUGCACUCCAGGUCGGAAUUGUCGAUGCAGUCGGUGGUGCUCCAGAAGCUCUCGCUUUAAUUCAGGAUCGCAAGCUGCAAACGAAGGCUGCCACAGGUAUCUAUGGUACCAUGAAAGAGGAGAUGUAUGCUCGGACCCUCACUGGUUUGGAUGAUCAUACUGGUAACUUGCAGUGGAGGGAUAAUGUGGAGGGCAAGAAUCAUGCUGUCCAGAAGAGAGGGCUAGAGGCUGUAGAAACAUUUGAGAAAACUGGAAAGGCGAAGCUUUAA